UUUUCCUAUACUCAUCCAUAGAAUGCUGGCAAGGUUAUGGUCCAUGUUAAAGGUUUUGGAACUGCAGUAUAAUAUCGUUCAAAGUUUACGAUACAGUACAAACAAAGAUUGCGUAACCACUGAGAAAAUGGUUCCUCCUGGAUUAAGCAACAUGAAAGCAGUAUACUUCAUCUCCUUUGGCUUUCUUUUCCAUCUUUCAGGAGCCUUGUACAAACAAUGGGUUCCUGACACCAACUUUAACAAUAUUACAAACUGGGACAAGGGGAGAAUUCCUUGUAAGAAUGACAGAGUCUUAUUUCCUCAAGAUAAGAGUUUAAGCAUUUUCGUGCAAUCACCACUUGAAUUGAUGGAAAUGUACUUACCUCUUGAUGGAGAGUUCAUCCUCGGUCAUGAAGCUGGAUUGGCUGCCAGUGAUGGUCAGAGUGUACUGGGAUGUGAAAGAGGUGAGGAUAUCACUUUCAAAGACCCUAACCAGUAUAAAUGGUAUAAUCCCAAGUAUUGGCAGGUUUUAUCAAUGAGUGACCUGGAAAAUAAGAAUUACCUGUUCACCUUGGAUGAAGAAAGUGUUCCCUGCCAACAUGAUGAUGUCAUUUUUCGACCUGAAACAUCUUUCCAUGUGGACCUGGACAGUGAUAUACAAAAUGUCAAUGUUAAAACCAUUUCUUUAAUGAAUAGGACGUUUACAAGCAAUGAAGUAUUUGCUGAGUACAUGUGGUCAAAUACUGGAAAAUUACAGUUCCAAGGAAAUGGCUCGAUCACUGUGACCAAUGCCAAGUGUAAGGAUAAAUCUGGCUGUGAUUGUGGUAACUUUGGUAACCUCAGAAGAAUUUGCUCUAAUUUGCGAAAAGAAGCAGGAAGCCAAUGUUCAGAGCUUAUUUGCACAAAUCCCUUGAAGCCUCAAGGUCAUUGCUGUAACAUAUGUGGUGCCAUUAUUUAUCUAGAAUAUGGUCCAGAAUUUGAUCGAGAAUCAUACCGGGCCCAUCUUAUUGACUCGUUCCUUGGCAUGGACAAAUACCAAGGUGUGCAGAUAUCUGUGACAAAGGUUUACAAGAAGCAGCUUUCAAAGAAAACCCUCCUGGUCGAUGCUGCUCCACAUAUUCAAAUUGUAUUAAUUGAUAAUGAGACUGAGUUGGCAACAGGAACACUUGCAGCUGCACUAGCACUUGAUAUUAUGGAGGAUAUCAUUUCCCGAGGGGCCAUAUUGGGAAUCACAAAUGCUAAACUUCAGGAAAGCACCAACAGUGAACAACAGGAGGAGAGAAAUAUGAAUGAUGGAGAGAUCAUGGGGAUGGUGGUCGGUGUUUCCAUUACUGUCCUGUUAUUUGGAAGCUUGUUAUACCUCAUCAUUUUGGAAAGAAUAAGAAUCAUGGUUCCAUUAUGCCUCAUCUGUUUAAAUAAAUAUUUUAAGUUUGACAAUGAAGAAACUAUUGAAAACGGCUUCAGCAAUUUGAUGUUUGGUUCACCAACCAACCUGCCGCAAGAUUUUAAUGGUGCCUGUUCUGGAGGACAAGUAAUAAAUUUUGUCGCAAGUCAAAAUUUCACUAACCCAGCCUUUGAGCAACACUUUGGUGAACAAGAUUGUUAAAACUUAUCGGUACAUAUGUCUGUUUGUAAUAUUCGAAAAUCCAAGGAAAUUUGCAAGUAGUCAUUUUUCAUCUUCACCAACCACUCAUAUGAGGGAAAUGUAUGGGUUAACCACAAACAUAGAAAAUUUUAUUAACUUCAUUUUCAAUCUUUGCUCAGUUAAAGUUUUCUUGGCAAUGUGCAUGGUUAGGGUAUUCAAUGAUAUCUAAAAGUAUGUAUUUUUCCAAAAUAUUUUUAAAAAGCCUUAACAUUUUGCUCUUCAAUCCACUGACAUCAGUUCAGUUAAGCAUUACCUGUUAGAAACUCUAUCUUGCCAUUGCCAAGAAAAUCUCAUGAACAUACAAUAUGCUGUCUCCCUUCUGUCUGAUGCUAAAUAUUGGCUUCCAGUCUUACUAAUUCACUUAAUUGAAUUUUAGACUGAACUAAGAAAAAUAAUUAACAAAAGAAAACAUUAACAGAUUGAUAGCAACAAUGGUUAAAAAAAAAACGGAAUGACAUGCUAAUUUGGAAAGGCAAAAGGAAGAGCAGCAAAGGAUAUUUUUUGAUGGAUAACUAAACUGACAGAAACUGGGUUAACUUUUCAUUUAUCUUGCAAUCACUAUAAUGAAUCCUUUUAGUCUUGCAGCUGGAUUAUGAGGAUUAGAUGUCAGUUAACUGACUUUAAUUCUUCUGAUGGUCAGGCUCAGUCCAUAUUCAGCUUCUGUUAUGAUUAAAUUGUCAGACUAACAGAGACAAAUGUCUCUUUUCCACAGAGAAGGCCACCAGACAUUUAUUACAAUCUCAUUUCUGUUAUUUUGAUUCAGGGUAACGUGGCGGGUAAGCAAUGAAGCUUUUCCUUUGGAACAUGAACAGACAUUUUAGCAUUGCUUUAAUUAUGUUUGAUUAUUUGAUGUAAAUUUUAUCAAAUGUAGAUGGCUACCUACACUGAGAUGUGCAAAUAAGUAUCUGUUUAUGGUGCCCUGUCUUCAGAAAUAAACCAGUGAUUACAGAGACAGAUAUAUAGAUGGAUAAUAAUUUUAUGACUUCCAUUUUAAUGUCAGUCCCUUUUGUCUUCGUGUGUAUUAAAUGCAUUUUAUUUUGAACUAAUGUUUUUAAGCAAUGGUUAAAAUAAAAUUAUGAUUGAUGCUU